GUAGCGUCUCGACCAAUCAGAGCGGCCCGUCCGAAGCGCCCACCAAAACAGUUCAAUUUCAAAUUCAAACGGUCGGAUACGGUGGUUUGAGGAGACGUACGGUUAAACUUGUCCAGUCAGAAGAGUAUGUCCCGCUUGCCAGUCAUGUCAAGCAAGAGGGUUCUCGCCAGCAGCAGCUCGGAGAAUUCCCAAGACCAUGCGCCUGCUCUGAAAAAGAUGCGUAAGGACCCAGAGCCCCACAAACCGCAGGCAGCGGCUACCAUCAUCUGUGGCAAGAGGCCUGUGGCAUCAACCAGGGCACCUCUUUCUCGGCCGGUCAGAGGAGCAGGAGCUGCCACGGUGGCCGUUGGUCCUUCCAGAGGUGUCUUGAAGCAAUCGAUAGCUUCUACUGCACCAAGAGGAGGCAAUGUCAAGGCGUCUGUUGGAUCUACAACCACAAAAACAGGUGGGACCGGGGCGCCCAAGCGUCACGCGUGGGACCUGAAGGGCAAGGUCAGCGACAUGGAGGAUAAAGUCCGUAACUACCAGACCAAGUUCAAAACCGCGAACCAAGAAAACGAGCUCCUGAAAGGCUCGGUGGCCCAGACCCAAGUCAAGGUCGCGGAGAUGGAAAAGCAACUGGAGCGACAGAGGAGCCAGCUCAGUGAAUAUGAGGAGGAGCUGAAGACGCUGUCAGAAGUUCGGACCGAGUUGGAGAAAGUCUCCACCGAUAAGAACUUUCUCCAGAAGGAGCUCACCAACCUGGAGGGUAAAUACAAGGUGAUGGAGACUCUGAGAGACAGUCAAGAGACCGAGCUUCAGACUCUAAAGAUGAAGCUGUCGGUGCAAGAGGCGACACUGGCUCGUCUGCAGACGAACCUCAGAGACGCAGAGGAAGAAGUCCGCUCUCUCAAAGACAUCGUGUCCCAGCAGAAGGACGAUCUUCACGCUGGUGAGAUGGAGCGCAGACGGCUCCACAACACCAUCCAGGAGCUCAAGGGAAACAUCAGGGUCUUUUGCAGAGUUCGCCCACUUCCCAGCGGAGGCGUCAGCGGGCACAUUCAGCUGCCCUCAGCUGACAACAAGACGAUCACGCUGGCCAAAACAGAAGAGUCUCACACAGGCAAAACAGCGGACACCCAGAAGAAUUAUAACUUCAGUUUUGAUCGUGUGUUUGGGCCUCAGGCUUCGCAACAGGAGAUUUUCGAGGAGAUCUCUCUGCUGGUGCAGUCUGCGCUGGACGGCUACAACGUGUGCUGCUUCGCCUACGGCCAGACAGGAAGCGGCAAGACGUACACCAUGGAGGGAGACACGUACGACGAGGCCAGAGGCGUCAUUCCUCGGGCCGUGCAGCAGAUCUUCAAAGCGGCAGAGAAGCUGGAAGCACAAGGAUGGGAGUUCACCUUCACUGCAAGUUUUGUUGAAAUUUACAACGAGACCCUGCGGGACCUCCUGUACACGGGCAAAGCCAGCAAGAGGCCCGAGCACGAGAUCCGCAAGUCGAGCAACAACGAGGUGACGAUCACCAACCUCACCUACGAAAACGUCUCCAACGAGGAUCAGGUCCACGGGCUGAUCGCUUUGGCCAAUCAGAACCGCUCCACGGCCCAGACGGCCCAGAACGACCGCUCAUCGCGCUCCCACUCAGUCUUCCAGCUUGACAUUCAGGGAGUUCACGCUGGCAGAGAUGUCAAAUGCAAAUCCACUCUGUGCCUGGUGGACCUGGCAGGAAGUGAGCGCAUGUUGAAGAGUCAGUCUCAGGGCGAGCGCUUCAAGGAGAUGACGGCCAUCAACGGCUCCCUGUCCAACCUGGGCAUCGUCAUCGCCGCUCUGGCCAACAAGGAGAGCUACGUGCCGUACAGGAACUCCAAGCUAACCUACCUUCUGCAGAGCUGCUUGGGUGGAAACAGCAAAACCCUGAUGUUUGUGAACGUGGCCCCAGAGCCAGACAGCUUUGGGGAAACCCUCAACUCCUUGAGGUUUGCCAGCAAGGUGAAUGACUGCGUGAUUGGAACUGCGAGUGCCAACAGGAAGUAGAUGAUUUAAAGGAGUGUUUUGUUUAUUGUAGGGUUUUUUUUCUACUUUUGCCGUUAUUUUCAUGAUGGUAGUUUAACUGUUUCAUAAACUUUCAGCUGUCACGUUGAAACAUUUAGUAACAGACACUUCUGCUAAUCUGCAAGAACCAAAAAAACUGUUGUAUAUUCUCAGGUGAUUCAUCACUAACCAUUAAUUCAGGCUUUUAAAAAAAAUCACAUUUUAUAUGUAAAUAAUAUGGGUGUGUAGCUUUUUUUCUUUUACUAUUUUUUUCUUCUUGAUGAAAUAAUUCUGUGACACAUUUAAUCUCCAUUUUACUCUUCUUUUAAUCUAACUCUUAGUUGUAACCUCAUGUUUUGUGUAACUUUAACAGUGACUGCAAAUAAAUGUAUAAUCACUGCCAGUGUCUUGUUUUUUUCUUAACUCUGGCCCGACGUGCUGUAAUAAUAAAGACAUUACAU